AUUCUCAUAUGUAGAACUAGCUAUAUAUAUCAUUAUUUUCCAAAUGAAAUUAAAAGAAAAUAUUACUACAUAAAUUAGUCCAUUUCCUCCCUAAAGAGUCUCACGUAGCGUGAAUUCUAAUUAAUUAGCGACCCAAUGAAGAUGUCAAACACCUAAUAGAAACUUCCCUCUCCCCCUCCCCUUUCAAAAAUAAAAAAUAACAACCGACCAUAUUAUGAAAUGAGACUAUUUAAGCAAGUAGCCUGUUCUCAAUUUCAUGCAACACUCUCCAUCAAAUUAAGCUUGAUCCCCAAUUCCAAUCUCAAGGGGUAUUCCUUAUAAUAGUAUAGAUUAUUUUCAACAACAAUUGAAAACUUUAGACCUUUCUAUUGUUUCUUACAUCCCUACAAAAUCUUAAGAAAAGGCAUUAUGGCAUGUUGUAAUGUAGAAACUAUUUUUGGACUAGGAAAUAUUGGCAGAAAGUUACAAGUCUUCCCAUCUCAUAAUUAUAAAGCAAGUGUUAUUUCUUGUGUAGCUGUUGGCCCAAGUCAAACUCCACAGGUGCCAUGGAAGCUAGUGUUCCAUGAAAAAGAGAGAUCAUUAUUGAGCAAUGAAAAGUAUGGGAUCUAUGGUGGAAAGUUUGUUCCGGAGACACUAAUAUCUCCUUUAACAAAACUUGAUUAUGAAUUCAACUCUGCUUUGCGUGAUCCUCUAUUUCAGAUGGAGCUUGAAGUGACAUUAAGGGACUAUGUAGGUCGUGAAACUCCUUUAUACUUUGCACAAAGACUCACAGAUUACUAUAAGAGCAUUAAUAGAGGGACAGGGCCAGACAUAUAUCUUAAAAGGGAAGAUCUCAACCAUGGUGGCGCACACAAGAUCAACAACGCUAUUGCACAAGCUAUGCUGGCUAAGCGUAUGGGCUGUAAAAGUGUCAUGGCGGCCACUGGUGCUGGGCAGCACGGGGUCGCCACAGCGGCUGCGUGUGCGAAACUCUCUUUGGAAUGCACCAUAUUCAUGGGAAGCUUAGAUAUGGAGAGACAGCCUUCCAACGUACUCUUGAUGAAGCAUCUUGGUGCAAAGGUGAAAUCCGUUAAUGGAAACUUCAAGGAUGCAGUGUCGGAAGGUAUUAGAAAUUGGGUUAACGAUUUGGAGACAAGCUAUUUCUUAGCAGGUGCAGCCGUAGGACCUCACCCAUGUCCAACCAUGGUUCGUGAAUUCCAAUCAAUUAUUGGAAAAGAGACGAGGAAACAAGCCAUGGAGAAGUGGGGUGGCAAACCAGAUGUGUUGGUGGCUUGCGUUGGGAGUGGCUCUAAUGCAUUGGGUUUGUUUCAUGAAUUUAUACUAGAUCAAGAUGUGAGGCUCAUUGGAGUUGAGGCUGGUGGUACUGGUCUUGAUUCAGGUAAACACUCAGCUACUAUGGCUAGAGGUGAAGUGGGAGUGUACCAUGGUGCCAUGAGCUAUUUGUUACAAGACGAGGAAGGCCAGAUUAUUGGACCACACUCCAUAGGUGUGGGAUUAGAGUAUCCAGGCGUUAGCCCAGAGCUUAGCUAUCUGAAAGAUAUUGGGCGUGCAGAGUUUUCUUCAGUUACAGACGAACAAGCUUUAGAAGCAUAUAAACGAUUAUGCCGACUAGAAGGGAUAUUUCCAGCCUUAGAAUCUUCUCAUGCACUUGCAUUUCUUGGAAAACUUUGUUCUACUUUAAAGGAUGGUGAAAAGGUCGUUGUUAAUUUAAGCGGCCGUGGAGACAAGGAUGCUGCCGCAGUCUUCAAUCAUACACCAAAACAUGAAUGAAAAGGCCCCAUUAACGUUUAUUUAAAUAUUUAUCAUCAUUAUUUUUCUUCUCUUUUAGGAUUUACCAAAUAGUUGUGUAAUUGAUUUUCUAUUAGUGUAGGAAUAUUUUGUAAUAUUGUUUUAACUUUUUUAAUAUUGUUUUAACGACUAGAAUUUAUAACGGAAAUAACUCAUUUUCUUUUA